AUGAACUUGGCUAAUAGCUUAGCUAAUAAACAGGUUGAAAGCUAUAUAGUCGAGCGCGGUUAUUUCGAAGAUCAGAAGCCGGAAAGUAAAGUAGCUAAGGACCAUCGACCCUUGUUCUGCUUUAUUUGCGUGGGACAGGAAAACCUAGCCCUCAAGAAGCGUGUACAACGAUUCUCAUCGCAUGGUGAUGUUUCGAAGCAUAUCAAGCGAAAGCAUCUACGGAACCUCGUAUCAAGCUCUGCAAUUGCAUGCAAUGUUUGCGAUAAAACAUUUGCUGAAGUCAUGAACUUUCAGCGACAUGCUAGUGAUUCUCACUCGACUGUGACGGGACUACUAUGGAGCACAGUGUCCUAG